AUUAUCAUUCUAAGAACUAAUUUUUUUGUUCUUCACUAGAGCCAUGGCUUCCUCUUCUUUCUUUCUUAGGCUUCUCUUCGUCUCAUCUCUCAUCUUCUCUAUUGCUUCGACAGGGCAGGCAUUCACAGGAACAUAUGGAGUAAACUAUGGCAGAAUAGCAGACAAUUUACCAUCACCAACAAGUGUGGUAACACUUCUACGAGCUGCAAAGAUUAACAACAUUAGAAUCUACGACGCCAAUCAAGACGUUCUCAAAGCUUUCAAAAAUUCAGGCAUCGGCAUAAUCGUCGGACUCGGCAAUGAGUUUCUCAAAGAAAUGAGCAUUGGCGAGGACCGAACCAUGAACUGGAUCAAAACCAACGUAGAGCCAUUCCUUCCAGGAACUAAAAUCGUCGGAAUCGCAGUCGGAAACGAAAUCUUAGGCGGAGGAGAUCACGAACUGUGGGAAGUUCUCCUCCCGGCCACGAAAAACGUGUACUCUUCGCUUCAAAGACUCGGUCUCGAAAAGAAAAUCGAAGUUUCGAGUCCACAUUCCGAAGCAGUUUUCGCCAAUUCGUAUCCACCUUCGGCUUGUGUAUUCAAAGAAGAUGUUCUUAUUUACAUGAAACCGCUUCUACAAUUCUUCUCACAGAUCGACUCGCCAUUUUACAUAAACGCAUACCCGUUUCUCGCUUACAAGAGCGAUCCUGAGCACAUCGACGUAAACUACGCGCUUUUCAAAUCAAACCCCGGAAUUGUCGAUCCAAAGUCGAAUCUGCAUUAUGAUAACAUGUUCGAUGCUCAAGUUGAUGCAGCUUAUUACGCGCUCGAAAAGGCGGGAUUUGGUAAAACCGAAGUUAUAGUUUCGGAAACUGGCUGGGCGUCUCGGGGAGAUGAUGAUGAAGCGGGUGCUAAUCUGCAAAAUGCGAAGACGUAUAACAAGAAUUUGAGGAAAAAGCUGACUAAGAAAAAGGGUACUCCGUAUAGGCCGAAAAGUCCUGUUAGAGCUUAUGUGUUUGCUUUGUUUAAUGAGAAUUUGAAGCCGGGGCCAACUUCCGAGAGGAAUUUCGGAUUGUUUAAGCCUGACGGGAGUAUUGCGUACGAUAUUGGAUUCACCGGACUUAGAGAUUCGUCUGCAGUCUCAUCUCUUCUUCGUUUGAAGGGUGGUGGUGGAGCUUUUGGUUGGAUGGGUUCUUCUUGGGCAUUAGUUCUUGCAACUUGUACAGCAGUUCUGCUAUUACUUUCAGCUUCAUGAUUAGUGAAAAGUGGAACAGCUUCUCUAAUUCAAUUUCAAUCUAUUUGAUUGAUUAAAGAUUGUUGAAUUCAUUAAUAUUUUAGUUUGUAACAUGUCAAUUUGAAAUUCUUUAAUUAAUUUAUGGGAAAAUAUGGCUGACGGUUUUUCAUAUGUCUUCAGCAAUGUGUGUACCAUAUUCUUGUACAAGAAAUUGAAUUAAAACAAAAUAAUAAAAAGGUCAAAGGAGCUGUUUAUAAUA